GUAACGAGAGAGGAACAUAGGAGAGAAUUAGAUAGGACGGGGUAGUAUAAUAACUUUGUCAUAUUUAUAUAUCAGUAACAGGGACAGAUUUGUUUUCUACACAGAGGCUAUCAUACAGACAGAGACACAGAAGUCCUAGUAACAGAUACAGCUUUGGCUAAGAGGAUACAGUUUAAUUUAGGAAACCUCUACAGGACAGUGGCAAGAGUGCUCCAAUACUUCCAAAACUAACCAAGUAUAUAUAGAAGAACAAAAUUCCUCACUGGUUGGAUAUUUGCUUCAAGAAAGAUUCAAAUCUUCUCCUGUUGACAACGAUAAUGAUGAAAGAGUGAUAAUUACAGCUCCCUUGAAACAAGACCCUUCCACUGCUGUCAUUACACCACCAGCACAAAUUCACAUAUUACCUGUAGCUGAAACUAAGAUACAGAACAUGAUCUCAGAUAGCUUGGUUAGAGAUACCCCAAAGCAACAAUCAGCUAAAAACAAAGGAUCACCACCACCGGUUCCAAAGAAACCAAAAAAUCCUUUUGGUAAAGAUGUUAACCAUGCAGUAGACAAGCCUCUGCCAUAUUCUGAGCUUCUGCAAAAAAACAUCAAAAUGGGAAGAAGAGAGUCAGCAUUAAACUAUGUCUCUGAGGACUUUAGCAAGUUGCCUACAGAUCUUGACAUGUCUUUUUGUUCAGACGCAUUAGACUCACCAUCAUAUAUGUACAUCACAGGGGGGGUUGUUACUGGCUUUCAGCCUGAAGUAGAUAUUCCUACAAUUUUUCCAGAUUUAGAUGAAAUAAGACAUGUAUUAGAAAAAAAAGCAAAAAUGAAAGGCCCUCCACCACCAGUACCAAAGAAGCCAAUAAAUCCAUUUGUUGCCAGUGAGAAAGAUAAUAUCUUACCAAUUUUUAAAGACACAGCAGGCAUUUUAAAAUAUGAAAGUUCUGACUACAAACCAUAUGUUUGCAGAACUGUGCAUGAUGACGAUAAAAAAGCAAUAUUUGCUACAGACAGAGACAAUUUUCCAGUUACUUAUAGUAACUCCAAUACUUUGGAUGACAAUGAUUUUUUCAGACCAGAACUCAUUAGACAAGACAGGACGCAUCAAAGCAGCAGUGCUAAUGCUGAAAACAAUAAAAUUAAAAUAUUGGAAAUGAGCAAAACGUCUGACGUCAAAAAGCCUUUUUCUUGUCAAAUGGAAAAGAGACUGUCACCAAAGAAAGAGAUGAUCAGGCGUGUGGUUCGGCAGAGCAAAUUCCGCCAUGUUUUUGGCCAGGCGGUGAAAAAUGAUCAGUGUUAUGAUGACAUCAGGGUGUCACGGGUCACCUGGGACAGUGCCUUUUGUGCUGUUAACCCCAAAUUCGUUGCCAUCAUUGUGGAUGCCAGUGGGGGUGGAGCCUUUAUUGUCCUCCCUCUUCAAAAGACAGGUCGUAUAGAUAAGGCUUACCCAACUGUCUGUGGACACACAGGCCCUGUGCUGGACAUUGACUGGUGCCCUCACAAUGAUCAUGUCAUUGCCAGUGGAUCUGAAGAUUGUACUAUAAUGGUGUGGCAGAUCCCAGAGAAUGGACUCACUACUCCACUUUCAGAGCCUGUUGUUGUGUUAGAGGGACAUUCCAAGCGUGUUGGCAUUGUGACAUGGCACCCCACAGCCCGUAACGUUCUCCUCAGUGCUGGAUGUGAUAAUGUGAUUAUAAUUUGGAACGUCGGCACUGGUGAGGCACUCAUUACACUGGAUGACAUGCACCCAGACAUGGUCUUCAGUGUUUGCUGGAACCGCAAUGGCAACCUCAUCUGUACCGCCUGCAAGGACAAGAAAGUGCGCGUCAUUGAUCCGCGCAAGGCCAAGAUCACCGCAGAGAAAGAUAAAGCUCAUGAGGGUGCACGGCCUAUGAGGGCAAUCUUUCUUGCUGAUGGCAACAUCUUCACUACUGGAUUUAGCCGCAUGAGUGAGAGACAACUGGCCUUAUGGAACUCGAAAAACAUGGAUGAGCCAAUUUCGGUACAUGAGAUGGACACCAGCAAUGGCAUUCUACUUCCCUUCUAUGACCCAGACACUAACAUUGUCUACCUGUGUGGAAAGGGAGACAGCAGUAUCCGCUACUUUGAGAUCACAGAUGAAGCACCGUAUGUUCAUUACCUUAACACCUUCUCCAGCAAAGAACCACAGAGGGGCAUGGGCUACAUGCCCAAAAGAGGCCUAGACGUUAAUAAGUGUGAGAUUGCCAGGUUUUAUAAACUUCAUGAGAGGAAGUGUGAGCCAAUUAUCAUGACUGUCCCAAGAAAGUCAGACCUGUUUCAGGAUGAUCUGUAUCCGGACACAGCUGGACCAGAUUGGGCCUUGGAAGCAGAGGAGUGGUAUGAAGGCAAGAAUGGUGAUCCUAUCUUAAUUUCCCUUAAACAUGGCUAUGUCCCUGGCAAGAAUCGUGACCUCAAGGUGGUCAAAAAGAAUGUACUGGACAACAAGUCACCCAAGAAGGUGGAGGAGACAUCAACUAUACAAAAGCCUGCCUCUCCUCAGCUCAUUAGAAAAAAUGAAGUUAAGUUGGAGGAGCUGCUCCGAGAAGUGAAAUCUCUUAGAGACCUGGUGACAAUUCAGGACAGGCGAAUCACCAAACUCGAAGAACAGGUGGCCAAAGUGGCAUUCUGAGGCUGUGCUACAGGUCUGAGUCACCAUAUCAGAAUAUGAAGAGAUACAUUUCAGAGGGCCAGUCACUGCCAAAAAAAAAAUCAAAAUUCAACUGAUCAUUCCUCUUGCUGUUUUGUUCUUGUGACUACGACUUGAAGCAACAUUCCAAUAGGAACAUUUUCAUCUUGCCUCCCCUGAACAUUUAUUAACAAAAAAAAAAUCAGCUUAAUUUUGCUUUGUGUUGUGUUUUUUCAUGGUGGAGUGGGUUUAUCUGAUAAAUAUUUCAGAUUUUAGAUUUCAUGAUUUUCUUCCGUUUUUUUAGUUUUGUAAAAUUGUGAUCCUUUGAAUUUUGAAAGUCCAGAGUUUAUCAGUAUUAAUCUUUUAUUUCUUUGUGCUACCAAAUGUGAGGUGUACCCCACCUGCCUAUUUGUUUUGCUUUUAUUUUAUUCCUUUUACUGGUGGGACUUUACACUGUCUGUUUUUCUUUUGAUGACUGGACAGAGAGAAGGUUGACCUCAGUCAGAACAUCUCAGCUAUAGAGGUUAAAAUUACAUGACUGACACAGAAAUUAAUCAAAAUUAAAUUUAGGAUAAACUGAGAGUAAAAAAGAUCUAUCACAAACAAAAACACUGCAGGGAAAAGCACCAUUGAACAGAUACAGUAUAUUGCUUAUCACCAUAUACUGUACCACAAUUCCAGCAUUAAUUCCCUGCUGCUCACUGUAGUAGAUUUUUAUUCCAAGCUGUCAGUAUCAGUGUACUAAUUCUAAAAAAUGCUAUACAUUUAGAUGAUUUUGAUAAAUUUACCAAUGUUUCCAAAAGCAAUAAAGCAAACGUUUAAUUGAGAAUCAAAAUUUUUACCUCUUCUAAAACUGAUCUGUGGUUGCUGUUCACCGAUAGGACUCCCAGAAGUCAAUUUAAGUUAUAACUUAUAGAUAACGGUGUAAUAUAAAAUUUAAGCUGUAAUCAUUGGCCUCUUGAAAAAAAAAACUUAAAUACUACUGCUACCUAUUUGAUCAAUUUAACUUUUUGUUCAAUACAACUCAGCUACUUAUUAAUAGAGCUGUCCAGCCACUUUACUAUUUGAGAUUUAAGUACGGUCUAUAAAUAUUUGGACAUUAACUAAAUUAUUAUUAUAUUUUAGAUAUCUCACAGAAUGUUGGAUUUGAAAUAAGUUUAGGAAGAUUUAUAGCACAUUUUGUAUUUGUACCCCUCCCCAGUUUUAAGAAUUAUUAAGAAAUGUCAACAUGUCAAUUCCUGUUCUUGUUUUACUUUGUACCUGUAGAUGAAAGUCAUGUAAUUGCAUGUAAACAACUACAAACAAACUUUGUUUUCACUUAUUAAACAAAAGAAAUUGACAAAAAAAUAUUUAAACUGUGGAAAAUAUUAGGACACCUUAUGCCCUAAUAGCUAGUGUUUUCCCCUUUGGUUGAAAUAACCUCAAUUUAACCACAAAUGUUUCCUCCUUACACACCUCCAAAGAUAAUUACUGUAAAGUUCGUUUCUGAUUAUAGAUUUAUGCAAUUUGACAUCAACUAUAGCAAGAGCUUGCUGUAGGUCCUGUGAUAAUAUUUUAGGGUUUUUUGGAGAUGCCUUUAUGCAUCUUGCAGUCAGCUCUUGGGGUUAAUUUGCUAUGAUGGCCUGACGUGGCCAUGUUGGCAUUUCUUUGAAAUGUUCUCCCCUUGUAAAUGAUUUUCUGGACGGUGGAAUGGCUGAUUACAAUUAUUGAGAUUCUUAUGAGAUCCUUUACCAGACUCAUAAGCAUCAACAGUCUUCUUUCUGAAGGCCCCAGAGAGUUAUUUUUUGUGAACUAACUUCAUUUACAAGUAAAUCAGAUAAAAAGUUGAUUUCAAGCAUGGCUUUGAAACUAAAAUCUGUUAUUUUUACUUCUUAAUAUAGGCCAUUUUGAUGGCUAUUCCCAGGUUCAUGGAAGUGACCUCUUUGGCCCUUGAAUGCUUCCAGUUAGUUGUGCAUGAUCAAAGCAUUGGUGCUAGGCCAUUUCUAAACAUUGAUGUUACAAUUGAUUAUUUAAUCAAGCGAUUAAAUAUGUUAACAUUCAAUAUUUUCCUUACCUUCAAAGACCUAAAACCUUGCUUGGUGAGACUGGUGUGACUGCAGUAGACAUGAUGUUCAUGCCAACCCAAUUGGCUUCAUUUAAAAACAAAUUGGCAUUAUACAUCAUUAACAAGUAUAUAUUUAUCUAAAAGCAUCAACAAGUUUAACUUCUUUUUAAAAAUAAAAGAAGCAAACAUUGAAUUGCAUGAAUACAUUUCAGAAUGUAAAAUAAUUUAAUUUGCAACUGGUAACAAUGGCAUAUAAUUAUUUUUACUGCCAUACAGUUAGUAAUGUAAUUUAAUUGCAUAGAUAUGAAGUCUGACCAGCCAUGCAAGUGGAAUGUCCACUAAGGACCUCCCUAAGGAUUCACCUUGGCGAAGAGCCAUGCAGAGUAAAUUUUUGUCACGUUAUAAGCAUCCAGACUGUGAUAAGCUUUUAUAACUUCUUUUGUAUAGACACACUCAGUUUCAACCAGCUAAUGAUACACAUCUGAAUACGUUAAUUGAGGUAAACAGUUUAGGCUUUGACUGAAAAAUUGGUGCCUUAAAUACUUAUUUAUUUUGUGAGGUUUUGUAAAUUUCUUAUUCGUUAAGUUCUUAACAGAACUUAAAAAGUUAAUGUGCUUGUCAUUUGGUUUUGACAGACCUGUGAUUUAAAAAUGGCACCACCAGAAAUGCCUCAGGACCAGACAUGCGCAGCAGCUUUGCAACGUUUGUUAUUGUUUACAUUUUUUGAAAUGGUCUAAAAAUCUCUCAGUGAAGCAAACUUUUUACAGUCUAAAAAAUAAAAACAAACUUAUCACAGGGAUAGCAAAAACAUUAGGUGUGUACCAAUGAACUAUUUGCAAUAUCCUUAAACAGAAAGAACACACUGUAGAGGUCAGGAACACCUUAAGGCCUGGAAAACAAAUGCCAGAAUAAUUCUAUCCUUGGUGAAGAAAAACUUAGUUUUGAAGCCAACAAGUGAAAUGUUCUGCAACAGCCAAGUCAAUCACAUGGCCUGAAUCCAACUGAGCAUGCAUUUCACUUGCUAAAUGCAAAACUGAAGGCAAAACACCCUAAGAACAAACAUGCACAGAAAACAUUGCAGUAAAUGCCUAGGAGACCAUCAUCAUCGAAGAAAUCCAGUGUCUGGUGAUUAGUGUUAUUAUAUUAAAAAGAGGGACCAUGUAACUUUUUAAAUGCUUUUGUUGGUAUUCCUUCAGCUGCUUUCCUAACUUUUCCAUUACUUUUUGUCUCUAAAAAAUAGAGAAAACAUAAAAAGUGGUGUAAUUUCUACACUGUUUACCCAAUU